AUGCCUCAUACCCUCAUUGCCCUUGCCUCAUACCCUCCGCCUGCCCCCCCGCCACAUACCUUCUGCCUUGCCCUGCCUCAUACCCCUCUAUCUGGCCCUACCUCAUACCCUCCGCCUGCCCCGCCACCUACCUUCUGCCUGCCCUGCCUCACACCUUCUGCCUGCCCUGGCCUCAUUACCUUCUUUCUGCCCUGCCUCAUACCUCCGCCUGCCCCGCCACAUACCCGGACCCGUACGGCCGCCGCGCCAGCUCGGCCACCCACACCGCCCCCCCCCUCGGCCUCCCCAUUCAGAAUAUUUCAGCCCGGCUCCCCUCGGCGCGGACCCCCGGGGCGACGGAGGGGAUGUGAACAAGUAAUUUUGGAGUUUACACUGAAUAUCGGACAAUGCGGGCGUGAGGGGGAAUAA